UAACGCAACGAUUUCAGUGUCUAGCUGAGUAAAUUUUGUUUUGGAAACCUGGUUCGAAAUUGUUACAAUUGUAGGGCUCAGUUAUAAAGUCAGUUACAAUGGCCGAUUUCCAUGAGCUUAUUGUGACUUGCAUUAUUUUCCUCUACCAGAUUACUUUGAUUAUCCGAUCAAUCCACCCCUUAAAGAAGGACGCUAUGUUGCUCAUUUUGCACAACUUUUUGCUCUACUAUGUGAUCAAUAUGUUCAAGCACUUGGCCCAGGCGUCGAUUAACUCGGACGGACCGGUGAACACAUUCUACUACGUACCACUGGUGUAUGAGGAAAGCAUUGCUUCGGGACGCCAUCAGAGUUGGCACGAGGUCCUUGGGACGUCCACGUGGCACUUCUUUGAGGUCCUUUUUAGGCAUCAUCUGGCGCUGCUGUUGCCAUUUAAUUUGGCUCUCCUGGUGCCCCGCUGCAAGCUGGCCUUCAUUAGCACACUGGUUCUGUUGUCCAACUUCGUGCUGUUCGCCUGUUUCGCCUUGGCCAUUUGUCAGCUGCUGUUGGUCCAUGGCCACGCCCACAGCCUGCGCCUCCUCACGGUCCUGUGCCUGGGCCCCGUUUGCCAAGUGGUCCUGGUGGGCCGCCUCCUCGGACGCAUGUGGCUCAGUCAGUGGAUUCUUGUUUGAGGCAUGAAAUUUGAUUUGCCGGCACUGAUUGCUGGCCAAAAGCCACACCCCCAUCCCCCAUCCAUCGUAAUCAGCGCCACAGAAGUUUAGCAACAGCAGCAGUAGCAGUAGCAGGAGAAGGAGCAGGAGCAGGAGCAGCGGCAAAUCAAAGCAAUAAACCAACUGAACCCA